UUGCAGAAUGGCGACCAAAACUGCACCAAAGAGCCAACUGCGGCUGGAGUGGGUGUUCGGUUAUAGAGGCCACCAAUGUCGCAACAAUCUCUAUUACACGGCCAGCAAAGAAGUUACCUAUUUUGUAGCCGGUGUGGGGAUUGUUUACAACCCUAGGGAACAUAAACAACGCUUCUUUUUGGGACACGAUGACGAUAUUUUGUGUUUGGCUCUCCAUCCUGACAAAACUAUGGUUGCCACCGGACAAACUGGAAAGAAUCCCUUCAUCUGUGUGUGGGACACAACUACAAUGGAGACGGUGUCCAUUCUCCAGGAUGGACACCAGAAUGGCGUGGCUGCUGUAGGAUUUGAUGAAGAAGGAGGGCGUGUGGUUUCUGUGGGCUUAGACCAGCAUGCUACUAUCAAUGUAUGGGACUGGAGAAAAGGCAAGAUCCUAGCAACUGUCAGGGGACAUUCAGACAGGGUGUUUGAUGUCCAGUUUAAUCCCUACGCUGAGAAUUCUUUGGUCAGCUGUGGUGUGAAACACAUCAAGUUCUGGUCUCUGUGUGGGAACGCUCUCACUGCCAAGAAAGGAGUGUUUGGAAAGACAGGGGAAAUCCAAACCAUCAUGUGUCUGGCCUUCGGGCCGGAUGACACGACAUACUCCGGAACUCUGGCUGGAGAUAUUUAUGUCUGGAGAGGAAACAACUUGGACAGAGUCAUUCCAGCUGCUCAUCAAGGUGCAAUAUUUACAUUGGACAUGUCUGAAGAUGGUUAUAGCACAGGGGGCAAGGAUGGAACUGUCAGAUUGUGGGACCCAGACUUCAAACCUGUGACUAGUGUAAAUUUGUCUAACUCACCUGUCGGAUAUAAAGGCCUGUCGGUGCGCAGUGUGUGUUGGCGGGGGGAUAGAGUUCUGAUCGGGACACAGGACAGUCAGAUAUUUGAGGUGAUUGUACGAGACCGGGACAAACCCCGCUGUAUUGUUGAUGGCCACGCAGAGGGAGAGUUAUGGGCCUUAGCCGUGCAUCCAAAGAAGCCCAUCUUUGCAACUGGAAGUGAUGACCAGACGUUAAGGCUCUGGAACAUGAACAAUUUUGAGGCGAUCUCAAAGGUGUCGGUGGACCAGAAGAUCAGGAGCUGUGCUUUUGAUGCAGAUGGAAGCCAUAUUGCAUUGGGUCUCACUGAUGGAUCGUUCAUGGUCCUAAAAACUAGAGAUUUGUCGGAGGUGAUCCACCUAAAGGACAGGAAGGAGGUGAUCCAUGAGAUGAAGUUCUCUCCGUGCGGGAAGUACCUUGCCGUCGCCUCCAACGACAACUUUGUGGACAUUUACUCCACGGAGCAGCGGUACAAACUGCUGGGGACGUGUCGCGGUAGCUCCAGCUUCAUCACCCACAUUGAUUGGUCCACGGACAGUAACUACCUACAGACAAACAGCGGGGCGGCGGAGAGACUCUUCUUUAAAAUGCCAGCUGGGAAACAGGUGACUAACAGAGAAGAGAUCUCCAGCAUACACUGGUACACAUUCACCGGGGUCCUUGGAAAUGAGGUCAACGGCAUCUGGGAGAAGUACACAGACACAAACGACGUGAACGCGGUGGACGCUUACUUCCAGGGAGAGGUUCUGGUCACGGGGGAUGAUUUCGGUCUCGUCAAACUGUUCAAGUUUCCUUGUUUGAAAAAAGGUGCAAAGUUCAGGAAAUAUGUUGGACACUCGGCUCAUGUGACCAAUGUGAGAUUUUCCCAUGACAAGACGCGGGUUAUCACGACAGGCGGGGCAGACCAUGCGGUGUUCCAGUGGAAGUUCCUGGCGGACGGGAGCAGUGAGCCCGACCCCCAGUCAGGUUUUGUGGACUCUAACAGCGAGGAGAGUGAUUCUGAUUUAUCCGAUGUGGCCGACAUGGACUCAGAUCUGGAGGCAGAGAAGCAGGUGGUGUAUUCCAGGGCCAUCUACAAGGAGGAUGCUGCUAAAAUCAGGAAACUGACUAAAGACGAACUACAGGCAGGACAGAAACGGAAGAGAGGUCCUACAGCAGGACUCAAACUCCAAUUUAUCCAUGGGUAUCGUGGCUACGACUGCCGCAAUAACUUAUUCUACACCCAGAACGGUGAGGUAGUGUACCACGUAGCUGCCGCCGGCAUUGUUUACAACAGGGACAAGCACUCGCAGAAGUUCUACACAGAGCACACAGAUGACAUCCUUUGUCUGUGUAUUCACCCCAUCAAAGACCUUGUGGCCACAGGACAGGUUGGUCGAGAUCCGUCAGUUCAUGUGUGGGAUGCAGAGACUUUGAAGACUGCCUCUAUUUUAAAAGGACAGCAUCAAAGGGGAGUGUGUGCUGUAGAUUUCUCAGGGGACGGUAAGAAGCUGGCAUCUGUAGGCCUGGAUGAUAACCACUGUAUCGUGGUCUGGGACUGGAGGAAGGGAGAGAAACUGGCCACCACAAGGGGUCAUAAGGAUAAGAUAUUUGUCAUUAAGUGGAAUCCAUUUGAAGCCAACAAGCUGAUUACAGUGGGAGUUAAACACAUCAAGUUCUGGACUCAAGCGGGUGGUGGUUUCACUUCCACUCGCGGUACUUUUGGAAAUGUGUCCAAGUCAUGUGACAUGCUGUGUGUAGCAUUUGGGAGGGCGUCAGACAUCAGUUUCUCGGGAGGAAGUGAUGGCAAUGUUUUUAUAUGGAAAGAUUCCACCCUUCAAAAAUCUGUGAAGGCACACGAAGGCCCACUCUUUGCCAUGCAUUCUCUGGAUAAGGGUUUUGUAACAGGUGGUAAGGACGGGAUGAUAGGUCUGUGGGACGACCAGUUUGAGCGCUGUCUGAAGCAAUACUACAUCAAGAAGUCAGGGAUCGAGCAGUCCUCGCGGGGCGUACUGAUGACAGACCUGCCCCCCAUUAGGGCCAUUGUCCUGGGUCAUGGCAAGAUCCUGGUGGGAACCAAGAAUGGAGAGGUGCUGGAGGUGGACAAGGGUGGCCCCAUGACAAUCCUGGCUCAGGGUCACAUGCAGGGAGAGCUGUGGGGCCUUGGUAUGCACCCCACAAAGCCGAUUUGUGCCACGGUCAGUGACGACAAGACUCUUAGGGUGUGGGACCUGGCUACUGAACACAAGAUGAUCAGCUACAAGAUCCUUAAACAGGCCGGAAGGAGUGUCGGCUUCUCUUCUGAUGGCAAAUUUCUGGCUGUCGGUCAGAAAGAUGGAAGCUUCAUGGUUGUAAAUGGAGAGAAUAUGGAGGAAGUGAUCUCGUUCCAUCACAGAAAAGAGGAAAUCUCUGACAUUAAGUUCUCUCCAGGAGAAGGCAAGUACCUGGCUGUGGCUUCCCAUGACAACUUUGUGGACAUUUACAACGUGCUCAGUAAGAAGAGAGUGGGGACCUGCAAGGCGGCCUCCAGUUACAUCACCCACGUGGACUGGGAUGGGGCAGGAAAAUUGUUGAUGGUGAACACUGGGGCAAAGGAACAGCUGUUUUAUGAAGCGCCCCGGGGUAAGAGACUGACGCUUAGUAACUCAGAGGUGGAGAAACUUAACUGGGCCACAUGGACCUGUGUUCUAGGGAAGACGUGUGAGGGGAUCUGGCCACCGAAGAGUGACAUCACAGAUGUCAAUGCCACCUGUCUCUCCAAGGACAGACAACUCCUGGCCACUGGAGAUGACUUUGGGUUUGUCAAGCUGUUCCAGUAUCCAGUCAAGGGAAAGUUUGCCAAACAUAAGCGGUAUGUAGGUCACUCAGCCCAUGUGACCAAUGUGCGAUGGUCGGCUGACGACAAGCUGCUGGUGUCGACCGGUGGGGCAGAUACUGCGGUCAUGGUGUGGCAGUGUAGCUCUGCGGCGGACAGAAACACCACAUGUGGAGAGAGCGAUGACUCGGACACUGAUUCUGAGGAAGAGGGAGGAUAUGACAGUGAUGUUGAACGAGAAAAGAAUAUAGACUACAACACAAAGAUUUAUGUCAACCCAAUCCGAGAGAAAGAGGGCACCAAACCACACCUACAGGAGCACGCCGAGGUGGAGAAACCCAGUGUCAGUAGGAAUGCUCCUAUCCCUCCCAAGGUACAGCGGGUGGAGAUCCCGUCCACAGGCUCCAAACGCAAGAAGAUCACCCCUGUCAAUGAUUUACAGUUGGAGUAUGUCCACGGCUACAGAGGAUUUGAUUCCAGGAACAACCUACACUACAUCAAUGAUGGGGCAGACAUUGUGUUCCAUGCUGCCGGCGCCGGAAUUGUUCAGAAUCUGUCCACAGGAAAUCAAAGUUUCUACCUGGAACACACAGAUGACAUCAUAUGUCUAGCGGUCAACCAGCACAGCAAGUUUAAGAACAUCGUUGCCUCGGGUCAGAUUGGAAAUCCUCCAUCCAUACAUGUGUGGGAUGCUGUCACCAAGGAAACCAAGUCCAUGUUAAGGGGAGGUCACUCUCGUGGAGUAUGCUCAGUCGAUUUCUCCUGUACAGGGAAGUACAUUGUGUCAGUAGACUUGGCAGAUGAUCAUCAAAUAGCUGUGUGGAGAUGGCAAGAUGGUGUGAAAGUAGCAAGUGCCCCUGGACAUAACCAGCGGAUAUUCCGUGCUGAGUUCCGCCCGGACUCGGACAGUCAGUUUGUGUCCGUGGGGGUGAAGCAUGUCAAGUUUUGGUCAGUGGCAGGCAGUGAGCUGGUGGGCAAGCGGGGGAUUCUUACAGACGCUGGGACCGGCACAAAGAUCAAAACCCUACACACCAUGCUGUCUGUGGCAUUUGGAGCUAACAAUUUGACCUUCACCGGUGCUAUGAAUGGGGAUGUGUACGUGUGGAAGGACACGACCUUGACCCGCCUUGUUCCUAAGGCCCACAAUGGCCCAGUGUUCACCAUGUUUACAACACUACGGGAUGGUUUCAUUGUCACUGGUGGAAAAGAGGGAUCGGGUAAGGACAAUGGCCCGGUGAAGCUGUGGGACCAGGAGAUGAUGAGACGCCGCGCCUUUCCUCUGACAGAGACAGGCAACAAAAUUGACGUCGUCAAGUCUGUCUGUAGGGGCAAGGGUAAGAUCCUUGUUGGCACCAAAGAUAACACAGUCCUCGAGAUCACCGAGAAGAAUGCAGCAGUGCAGGUCCUAGUGGCCGGCCAUGGGGAGGGGGAGGUGUGGGGGCUAGACACCCACCCCCUGGCCGCCAAGUUUGCAACCAGUAGCUACGAUGGGUCCGUACGAAUAUGGGAUCUGGCCAAUAAGUCAUUGGUCGGUAAGCUGACUGUUAGUGCCGCUCGCUCGGUAGCCUUCAGUCUGGAUGGAGAACUCAUCGCUGUUGGAUGUAAGAAUGGAGAAUUUUUGGUGUUCUCUGCAAAUGACUUAAAGUUACUGGGAAAGAGACGAGACAGAUCAGGGGCCAUUAACGACAUCAGAUUCAGCCCGGACAAAAAGCACCUUGCAGUGGGCUCGGAGGAGAACUGUGUGGACUUCUAUGACCUGUCCUCUGGCCCCGCCCUCAACAGGAGUGGCUACUGUAAGGGCAUCCCCAGCUUUGUCAUCCAGAUGGACUUCUCCGCCGACAGCAGAUAUAUCAGAGUGAGCACAGGUGCAUAUAUACAUCAGGUGUUUGAGGUACCAAGUGGAAAAAUCAUAGAGGAUCAGAAAAUCAUUGAUAGCAUUACAUGGGCUUCAUGGACUAGUGUGUUGGGUAAGGAAGUUGUGGGGAUCUGGCCAAAGGACUCUAGUAAUGCCGACGUUAAUUGUGCCCAUCUGUCGCACCUGGGAACAGCCCUUGCCACUGGCGACGACUUCGGCUUUGUCAAACUGUUUGAUUUCCCUUGUUCUGAAGUAAAUGCUCCCCACAAAUCAUUCGUGGGACACUCGGCCCAUGUGACCAAUGUCCGAUUUUCCUUUGAUGACAAAUAUUUAAUCAGCACGGGAGGGGAUGACUGCAGUAUCUUUGUAUGGAGGUGUUUGUAACAAUCUUGGCUCCAGAGAGUGAGAGAUAAAAAGAGAUACUCUUGUUUAUUUCAUCAAAACAGGCUAUGGAAGAUUUUAGAAUUUAAAAACUUUACGUUAAACAAAUGGUUGAGUUGGUAUACUUUAGAACUGAUAUAAAACCUAUCUAGACAUUCUAUCCUUGUAGAUUUAGUCAGUGUUAUGAAAUAUUUACAGAGAUAGAUAUAUGUAUUUUAUACUAGGAUAUUUUACAUUGUUGUAUUACAUGUGUCAAUAUGUUGUAUUACAUGUGUCAAUAUGUUUGUGAUAUUUUCCACCGCCAGGCAGCAGGUUUUGUGGUACGUGUAUGUCUGUGGAAUUCAUAAUAGGUGUCAUUGUGUAUACAUCAAGAAAGCUUGUGAGGACAUUUCAUAGCUAAAGGAGGUGUAGCGAUACAUGUAAAAAUUAUAUACAUAUAUAUUACAUAUCUAUUAUUAUCAGUACAUUUAUCAGAACAUUUUGAGGACUUUACAUGCUUUGAGUAUUUAGUGGUACAUUUAUAUGUUACAUGCCUUUAUGUACAUUGUUUCUUCAGGAAAUCUCAUUGUUUGUGUAUCCGUCCAGUCAACUCAUUCAUGUAUUGUUUUGAACAGCAACCAUUUCUCGAGACAAAGAUUUUAUAGGUAUUCUGAAUAUACGAACAUGUGCUCCUUAAUCAAAUGUAUGGUAUAUUGUAUCGUGUUAUCAAGUUUGGGUUGUAGAUUCAAGAAUUCUCAGAUUGUAAUUAUAUUCUUUAAACAUGAACAUUUACUGUAAGUGCUUGUGAAGUUGUGAAAAUGUUGUUGGUUGUAAGAGACACGCCCGACUUAAGUGAGAUCUGUUUUCCGUUAUUUAUAUAUUUCUGAUCAUCUUUGACUUGUUUUUGGCUGUGAUAGUUUGAGAUUUUUUGUUACUUCAGCAAUGAUUUAAUGAAAUGUAUUUCAUUUUUGUUUUGUCUUUAAGAAAUGUAUUUAUUCUAACAAUUGCUUGAUGCAGAUAUAGUAGUUAUAAUAAUAAAUUCUACAGAUAGACAUA